UGGAAGAGGAUCGUGGCCGUGUCGGCCAAGAAGAAGAACUCCAAGAAGGUGCAACCCAACAGCAGCUACCAGAACAACAUCACGCACCUCAACAAUGAGAACCUGAAGAAGUCGCUGUCUUGCGCCAACCUGUCCACAUUCGCCCAGCCCCCACCGGCGCAGCCGCCCGCACCCCCGGCCAGCCAGCUCUCCGGCUCCCAGACCGGGGUCUCCUCUUCCGGCAAGAAGGCCCCGCACCCUGCUGUCACCUCCGCGGGGACGCCCAAACGGGUCAUCGUCCAGGCGUCCACUAGCGAGCUGCUGCGCUGCCUGGGCGAGUUUCUCUGCCGCCGGUGCUACCGCCUGAAGCACCUGUCCCCGACGGACCCCGUGCUCUGGCUGCGCAGCGUGGACCGCUCGCUGCUUCUGCAGGGCUGGCAGGACCAGGGCUUCAUCACGCCUGCCAACGUGGUCUUCCUCUACAUGCUCUGCAGGGAUGUUAUCUCCUCCGAGGUGGGCUCGGACCACGAGCUCCAGGCCGUCCUGCUGACCUGCCUGUACCUCUCCUACUCCUACAUGGGCAACGAGAUCUCCUACCCGCUCAAGCCCUUCCUGGUGGAGAGCUGCAAGGAGGCCUUUUGGGACCGUUGCCUCUCAGUCAUCAACCUCAUGAGUUCCAAGAUGCUGCAGAUCAACGCCGACCCGCACUACUUCACACAGGUGUUCUCUGACCUGAAGAACGAGAGCGGCCAGGAGGACAAGAAGCGGCUCCUCCUAGGGCUCGACCGGUGAGCCCUGUAGCCCUGUCAUGGCUCAAGGAUUCAUUUUUAAAAUUUAUUAUUAAAUCAGUUUUGUGUACAGUAUGUGUCUAGCAAAGCCACCAAGGGCCUCUCCCUUCCCACCGUUCCCUCCUUGGGGAUUUUUUUAGCCCUACCAAGGACUGUGGACACUUGAACUCAUGAACCUUGCGCGAGCCCAGAUGUAUUCAGAGCCACCCAGGCUACUGACUUCUCACGUUGGGCAGCUCGGAGGACUGACCUGCCUGUGCCCUCGCUGGAUCCAGAAUGGUCGAGGCCACCCGCUGCUCCCUGGACGGGAGCUGGACCUGCAGGGGAGUUGGGGUUUCUGGUAGGAGGCCCUGCUCUGGCCCUGCUUUGGGUAGUUCACUCUCCCUGAGGCCCUUGAGGCCAGCCGCCCCGAGCGAGCCCUGAGUAGGUUGUGAGACUAGAGCCCCACCACACCGGGACAGCUUCCAUCGAGGCGUGGCCAAGGCGGUCUAGUGCAAGGAUUGCGACCAGUUGUUCGACCGUGGACAGCCCUGGUUGCUUUUUUCACGUUUUGGGAGAAGGGCUUUCCUUUAGUGGAGAACUAGGACUCGCCCCCACGCCCUCAUCCCCUGCUCCCAGCAGUGCUGGUAGUGUUGGCUAAUGAGCUGGUUUGACUCAUUACGUUCUCUUAUUUUUGGGUCCCAGCUGAAGGGGUGGGGUGAAGUUGGGGACAACUCCUUUCCUGCGUGAAUUUUUCAUUUGAAUAACACAGCUUAGUCACCCUGUGGCAGAUGCCAGGACAGCCGUAGAUGCCCGGCAGCAACAGCCUGCCUUCUAGGCUGGUAGAGAGGCCAUGUCUGAGACCAAGCUGGUGCCCGCUUAAGGGCCAAGGCCUCUUGCUGGUGCACAUGCAUUUGUCCUGCGGGGCUGGGACCGAGGUGCUGUCAGGGAUUGGGGUGAUGUGGGACAGGCGUAUUCCCACCCACCCCCCUGUUAAAUGAAAGCUGUUUCUGAGCAGUGUGGUAGCUUCUGGGGAGGAAGCCUUGCCCGACAAGGCCCAGCAAGACAGCUGGAUCUUAGAGACAAUUACAAGACAGGAGUGUGACUCCUGGCUGCUUUGAAAGCCUGCUGAUUCUACGACUGCUGACUUGCAGCUGCUGGUUUCGGUUUCCACGUUUUACCCUAGUGACUGCAAACACAUUCGAGUUUCAUUCUCCCAGAUUGGUGGCUUGGGACUUGGGAGAGGACCAAGAGAUGGGAGCAAGUCUUCCUCUGCGGCCCAUCACUCAGGCUGCGGGGAACAAAGACCACCAAUGUGAAGACACUACAGAGGAUUCUCACUCCCAGUCCCGUCCCCCAGGGAGUGCUGGAAUGGGGGGCAGGGGGGAGAGGGUCACUUUACAUAGGAUUAGGUUCUAGGGGUUUGCCGAUUUCAGCACAAGCACUACUGAAAUUCACAUACAAUAGAGAAAGCUGUGAAACCGAGGUCCUGAUUUAAGCGGCCUGGCCUGCCGUGUUCCUGGAGAUGGGGGUGGGGGCCUGCCUGGCUGGAGGGCACCCCCUGGGCUGCACCUCUGGGCCACCGAGCCAUUCCCGACAGCCAGGCGAUCAGAUGCAGGCCUGAAGGAAGCCGCAUCUCCUCCUGCCAGAGUUCCUACACAGCCUGUCUUCAGCUCCGGCUGCCACGUGCGACCUGAGCGGGAGAGGCCCUUCGGGGCAGCUGGCCCCUGGUGGCUUGGAAGAGGAUGGCUUGGGUGCCCAGUCUCAGGAGGAGGGCACGUGUUUGCAGUCACACGUUCGGCUGGCUGGACCUGGCCUGGGACUGCGGUUACGUUGCAUCCACAGGAUUCCAGUUUUGUGUCUGUUUCCUUCUCUUUCUCCGUAUUUAUUUUUGUAUUGUUUGGAGGAGGUGCACAUUUCGGGAGCAGGUGGAGACUAAGGAAACGACUGUAGAUCCGUCAGCGUGACGCCCUCCGUGUUCUCCUCUCUGCCCUUGCAGUAUUGUGUAAAGGAACGACUGGUAUACUUGAGUGUGCAAGCAAUGACCCCACGCGACAUGCUGCUAUGAAGACUACUUUUAGAAACAACAAUAAAAAAAGAAAAAAAAAACUAACCUACAAAAAAACCCUUUAUUCUUUAAUUGUUGCUUUUACAGUGAUAUCGUGCAUGCAGACCAGGAGCAUUUUGUGUCUUAAGAAAAAUAAUCUUAGAACAGAUGGCUGUGAAAAUUACACCCGUGCACAGAACAAGCCACAGGAGUACUAGUUCAGGAUUUGGUUUUUCUCUUUUUCUUAUAAACCUGAGGGGUUGAUAAAUAUUCUUUCCAUGCAGCUAUUAGAAUUUAGUUUUGUUCCAACAGUUGUUACACUUGCAAUGAAAAGAAAAUGUGCCAUUUUUUUUUCACUCGGAAUAUUCAUAGCUGUAUAUUCGAAACUGCUAAUUACACGUGUGAUGUAUGUUGGUUUUUUUAGUGCAAUUUCUUCUGUAGCUAUUCUUUGACCAAACUGUGGGUAUUGUUGACAUUAAUUUAUAUUUGUCUCAUUUCGUAUGUAUGUGUAGUGUGUUUGUGAGUGU